AUGUCGUUCUGCAGAAUCACAGGCCGCAGCAAGGGGCUGCCCAAACCCAACUACUUUCCACUUCUUGCGCCAAUAUCACCGGCGGACGCGAAACGUUGUUGCAGAAUCACCGGCAAAUCUUAUGGUUUACCGUCGCAUCACUACAUUCCAGUUCUACUCACUGCUCGAUCAGGAAAAACGAAAUGUAAGAUAACCAAUGUUGCUGGGGAACUCGGACCACAUCACUAUAGCCCAGAAAUCAAUUAUGGAAACCGAAAGCAUGAAAUGUUACCGGACUAUCGAUAUAUUUUCCCUGUUCUUGAUGGUUCGACUGAAGCUCAGAAAGUGUUAAUGGAUAUGCUUACUGCUAAACAAGUGACUGAAGACAAACGUUAUGUAUACACUGUUCAAGAAAGACGUUGUAGUUUAGUAUUCUCUGCUCAAAUGGAGGCGGCAGUUCGUGAUGGUGAUGUCCGAGAUGUCAUGUUGGCUAAAGAUUCGGACACAGUGCUUAUUAAAAUGAAACAGGGUCGUAGCGUGUCUAUGGAUUUUAAAGAUUUUACUGAAGAUGUGGAAAUGUUUGAAGGUGAAGGGCCUAAUGCGGAAGUAUUGAAACAAAAAGAACUUGAAGAAUUGGAAGAAAAAAAGAAAAAGAGAAAACGUGUCGCUUUAUCAUCUAUGAAAAAAAUAUUUGAAAACAAAGAAAGAAUAGCAGAAGUUGAAGAGAUGGAAGAAGAGAAACUACGACUAGAUAGAAAAGCUAAAAAAGCAAAAUUGGACGUGUGUAAACAUGAAAAACUUGAUGUGAAAACUUUUACUUCUAACAAUUUUGAUCUUAAUCACAUGCGUUCAAAAACAAGUAUUGUCAUGUCUAGUGGAGACUGGAGAGAUCAAUUACACCCUCUAAUAGAAUCAUGGGACUGGGACAUUUUCGAGAAAAACGUUCACGACGAACAUAUCAUUCCAAAAGUGAAUAAAUUACCUACGCCUGUGAAAAUAACCCCUUAUCAUUGUGCGGCUGAAAUAUACGAGACAAAUCCAAAUAUUAACAAUUCAACAUACUCAUUAGAAAGUGUACCAUGUGUUAAUCCUUUAAAACCAGUGAAAACGCAUCCAGAUGAGUUAAUUUUGGCUGCAGUUAAAGAUUUAUCGGAAGAACGAUUAAUUGAAACUUCAAAUAUUUUUGAGAAAUUAACUGAUGAUAACAAAAUUGAUAUGCUGCCUGCUGUCGAGCACUUACCAGACAUAAUAAAAAAUAUGAAAAAAGGAAAAAGAGAAAAGGUUUCUAAAAUUACAGGUCUCACCUUAGAUAUAAACAAAGCGAAAAAAUUUAUCCCUGGUCAACAUGUUAACACUCCACAAGGACCAGUGUUUAUUCCGGGUCAAACUGUGGAAACUCCUUCGGGACCUAUUUUCGUGCCAGGUCUCAGUGUAAAUACUCCUACGGGACCUGCAAUUAUACCAGGGCAUAUUGUUACAAAUGAAUAUACAAAUGAACCAUUUUUCCUAGCUGGACAAGUUUUACAAACAAAGAAUGGAGACGAAUUCAUUUGUGGACAAUCAAUGAAAUCCAAGGAUGAAUCAUAUCGAUAUGUAGAAGGCCAAACUGUAUUAUCACAGGAAGGCCUGAAAUUUAUUCCUGGGAAAGUAAUCAGUAACGCAUCCGAAGAAGUAUUUGUUCCUGGUCAAACAAUUAUGACACCAGAAGGAGUUCAAUUUAUACCUGGUCAAACCAUAACAGAGAAUAACGGAAUAACAUUCACGCCAGGACAAAACGCUAAAAUAAACAAUGAAUGGCAGUUCGUCCCUGGUCAGGUACUACAUCAAGAUGAUGAAUUACAUUUUGUACCUGGUGCAACUAUAAGCACACCUAAUGGACUUAAAUUUGUUCCUGGUCAGACAGUAGCUAUCAACGGUGAAACUUGUUUUAUCCCUGGAGUAACCAAAACGACUUCAAAAGACGAAUUAGAGUUUGUACCUGGCACCACAGUUGAAACUGUAGAUGGGCCUAAGUUUAUUGAAGGACAAAUUGUACACACAGAUAUAGGAGAAAAGUUUAUGCCUGGAAAAACAAUUGUUCAAGCUGAUGGACACGUUGAGUUUUCUGUAGCUAAAUCAAUUGAGGAUAUAUCGUUUUCAGAGGGUGCACCGGUUGGUUUACCAAUCGAUAUUAAAACAUCUUCUAUUUCCGAGGAAUCUUUGUAUGUAUUUGGGCAUAUGAUUCAAACAGCCAAAGGCAUUGAAUUUUACCCUGGCUCAAGAAUACCCAAAAUAGAAGGUAAAGUAGUGCCAGGAAGACUCAUUAAAAAUGAAGCAAAUGAGUCUCGUUUUGUCCCUGGUAUGAUGGUAGAAGGCAUAUUUGUUCCUGGACAAAUAGUAUUUACCGAAAAUGGAGAACAAUUCGUUCCAGGUCAAGUGGUAGAUACAGCAGAUGGACCAAAAUUUGUACCUGGUCAAGUAGUGAAUACAAAAACUGGUCCGAAAUUCGUACCAGGCCAGACUAUACACACUAUUGAUGGUCCGCGCUUUGUACCUGGUCAAAUAAUUGAAACAAAAGCAGGUCCGACAUUUAUACCCGGUCAAGUGAUUUCUACGGAAGAAGAAGGAUCUAGAUUCGUUCCAGGUCAAGUAGUAGAUACUGAAGAGGGACCUAGAUUUGUGCCUGGUAGAGUAAUCGAGAGGGAAGAUCAUGGUGUGACGUUUGUACCUGGACAAAUUGUCCAAACACAUGAAGGUCUAAAGUUUGUUGCGCCUGAUCUGACGGAAGGAGAAGAAGGUCUUGAAUUUUCUGUUCAAAGUUUCGUGGUGACUCCAGAAGAACUUAAGCUUUUGAAAGUAAAAACCAACCCUAAUGAUACUACAUCUACAAAAGGAGAGUUGACAAUAGACAGGAGUAUGCUAAGACAGUUAUCUGAGGCUGGUAUGUCUAUUGGUAGACAAGUUCCCGCCGAGUUACCAGCAAUCCAUGUGAUUUUAAAUGAAACUAGAAAUGCUGAAACUUUAAAAGCUUUUGUAACUGACUUUGGAUUAAAAGAUGAUGUUGCAAAUCAGUUGAUGGAUGUAAUUACGUCAAUAAUAGAGAUGAGUGUCCAUUUAAAACGUGAAUUACAUGAAACUACUAGUAGUACUGAUUUUAUGAGCGAAAACAAAAAAAGACGACCCGAUAAAAAGAAAACAGAAAUUGAAAUUGUUGAUGACUUCAACAAUGAUAAUAGCCAAACUUCUCAUCAAGAACAUGUUAAAAAUUCUAUAGCAGCUGCAGUUCUUGCAGCAUUAGUAACUGCUGAGCAAUUUGAGGAAGUUAAUAAUAAUAAUGGAAAAGAAAAGUAUCAAUUAAUAUUAAAAUCUAUUGACACAAUUUUAGGAAAAGCAAUCGAUGAAGAUUUUGUUGCAUCUAUGUUCAAAAUUCUACAAACAGAAGAAAGUAAGGAUAUUCUUCGUGAAGAAAUACUUGAUAACACUACAGAACCUAAAGUAGAAUUAAUUAAAUUAGCAGUUAAUAAUACUUUACAUAAACAUUCCUUCUCCGAAAAUGAUAUAAUAGAUAAAUUUGGUGACUUUUUAAGCAGUGAAAAUGAUAUUCUGGGACCCGCUUUUAAAAAUAUAUCUCGUAGUGAUACAAACCUACUACAUCAUGUAUUAGAAAAUAUUUCCGAUUCAAUUUCUUUUAUAAAAACAGAUCAUGAAGCAACGGAAACCUUUCAUAAAGCUAUAAUAUCUGCAGUUCAAGAAGCUAGUGGUAAGGAAUUGGAAGUAAUGUUACAAGAUUCUGAUAAAGGAGACCUUAAAGAAUUGAUCGUGCAAUCAGUUGGACUUGCUAGAAUACUUGGUAUGAGAGAUGUCGCUUCAAAAUUAUUAUUAGUAGUCAACGACGAUAACAGUUUGUCUAACAUAUCCACUGAUAAUAUAAGUCUCAGUGUUCUGAAAAGGUUGACUGUAAUGCGAAAGUUGGCAGAAAACUCUCCAAGCUUACAGUCCGCUUUAAAAAAAUUAGAAACAGAUCCUGAAUUAGCUCGUACUGAUCCUAAGCUAAGAGACCUUGUACGAGAAAGUGCUGCACUUAUGAUUUUACCUGAAGAAUCUCCUUUAUUGACCUCCGACGAAAUCCCAAUAAGUCUACUUCAUCCUGAAAAUAGUUUAGCGAUGGAAGAUUUCUUAUACCAACGCAAACAACAUUCUGGUGCACUUCUGAUUAUAAAGAAGGGAUUACAAGCUGUUGUACCCCGUGAAGCUAGUCGUGCUGUCUUAACGGGUCAGGUGGCUUAUAAAGUACUUGACGAAAACGGCAUCAGACAUUUUGAACCUAUGCAUGUAUUCUCUGCCCUUAAUCUUAGCCAACCAACAGCACACCGUUUCUCUAUGUACAGUUGUCCAGUUGUAGAUGAUAAUGAUGAAGAUUUACAAACUUUUACUGGUUAUUGUCACGUCAGUAAUAACCAGAGAAUCACAAAGUUUGGAGGAUGGUCUCGAAGACAUAGUGGUGUUUUACUGGAUAGAGAAAACACCAGAAGUAGGAUGAGCAGCGUAGAUACUACUCCAAGUUACAAAAGAUAUUCAUCUCGAUCUCUCUCUAGAUCUCGGUCUAGCUGUAGCAGAAGUCCUCCCAAGGUUGAGGACGUGGUUGUAGCUACCACGGACUACACGGCAACUGGCGAUGACGAGGUCUCACUCAAAGCUGGCGAUAUCGUAGAGGUUCUCGACACCAAAGCGGCUCUCGGAUCCAAUAGAGAUGAUCCCAAUGCUAUAGAAAUUAUGGGGCUUCUGAUCAAAAAACCACGACAAAUAGUUUUCACCUCGCGUAAUAAUAACCUAAAGAAUUCUGAAGAGACUGAAUCGGGUGACAAUCUGAAGGUGCAAGUUCAGGACUAUAUGGCAGACGCAUUAACAUUUCCCAGCCUCUCUAAUUUUUUGCUGAGUGCAAAAGAUGUCGGAGGUCUAGCGAGGCCUCGGGUGGACCCAGCGUUGGAUAUUGGAGAAGCCCAACUGUUGGACUCCACUGCUGCACGACACAAAGCAGCUGUCCGACCUAAGAAGAACCAUCCGAAAACCAGACCCAAUGGCACCAAGGAAUGCGACGAAAGGACGCGUCGUGGCUUUUCUUCGUUGCCACAACGCGUUGAGGUCGAAUAG